UGGCUGGCCCCAAAAUAAUUCGAGAUCACGAAGCCCCAGAAACGGCCUCACAAUGGGCGCUUUUGACUCUAUCCUGCGCCGGGUGCUACUGGCACUGGCUCCGCUGGUCAGCGCGGAUGCCAUUUUGCGGCUCAACGACACCACCACCUCGAUCCUCGGCGACGAUCUGCUCAACUACACCGGUCUGGAACUGGACGUGGGCCUCGAGAUGGACGUGAAGGUGGACCUGGAGCCAAAACUGGAAGUGACCACCGUGAAGACAAGUCCGGGCCGGCCGAGGGUCAGUGCCGACGUGCCCAUUUGGGUGGUGCCCUGUUACUCGGCCAUCCUGCUCUGCGCCGUCGUGGGCAAUCUGCUGGUGGUGCUCACCCUGGUCCAGAACCGUCGCAUGCGCACCAUCACCAACGUCUUCCUCCUCAACCUGGCCAUCUCGGAUAUCCUGCUGGGCGUCUUCUGCAUGCCUGUGACCCUAGUGGGCACCCUCCUCCGCCACUUUAUCUUCGGCGAGGUCCUCUGCAAGCUCAUCCAGUUUGCCCAGGCUGCCUCGGUGGCCGUGUCCUCCUGGACCUUGGUGGCCAUAUCCUGCGAACGGUACUACGCCAUCUGUCAUCCGUUGAGGUCCCGGACGUGGCAGACCAUCAACCACGCCAACAAGAUUAUAGCCAUCAUCUGGCUGGGCAGCUUGCUCUGCAUGACCCCGAUUGCAGCAUUCAGCCAACUGAUGCCGACCAGUCGACCAGGACUUCGAAAAUGCCGUGAGCAGUGGCCCGCGGACAGCCUGAACUACGAGCGGGCCUACAACCUGUUCCUGGACCUGGCCCUGCUGGUGCUGCCGCUCCUGGCCCUGAGCUUCACCUAUCUGUUCAUAACCCGGACCCUGUACGUCAGCAUGCGCAACGAAAGGGCCAUGAAUUUUGGCAGCAGUGGCCCAGAGCCAUCCGCCUCUUCGGCCCCGGCCCACGGUCCCGCCUCCUUGCCAGCUGCGCCCCUCGCUGGCCCCACAGCCACGCCCAUAACCGCCAGCCAGAGGCGCUCCAACGGCAGCCAUUUCCAGCAGUCCCUGGAGCAGCACAAUCCGCAGCAGUACUACUACGCGGACAGCUGCUAUUCCCAUGGCGGAAGCAAGCGGCGCUUGCUCACUGGAGGUCCUUGCGAAGGACGAAGGCAUCUCUAUUGCAUGCGGAGCGCCUCGGUCAAGUCCUUGAGACAGCAACAGCAACACCAGCAGCAGCAAAUCAGUGGCAGUGGAUCGUCGGGCGGAGGUGGUGGAGGAUCGAUUGGAGGUUGUGGGCCUAGUGACUGCUGCAGUCGAGGACAAAGGAUGCGCCAUCAGAUACAGGGCUAUACCAGCGACAACGAGUCCCGUCGCAAGUCCUUGUCCCAGCCGAGUCUCAGGAUCACUGAGGUGGGACUCAGAGGCAUUGUGCCGCGUCGUUCCAACGAAAGCAAGAGUUUGGAGAGCAAGAAGCGAGUCGUGAAGAUGCUGUUCGUCCUCGUCCUGGAGUUCUUCAUCUGCUGGACACCACUGUACGUGAUCAACACGAUGACGAUGCUGUUCGGACCGGUGGUGUACGAGUAUGUGGGCUACACGGCCAUCAGCUUCCUGCAGCUGCUGGCCUACUCCUCGUCCUGCUGCAAUCCCAUCACCUACUGCUUCAUGAACGCCAGCUUCCGGCGGGCCUUCGUCGACACCUUCCGGGGCAUGAACAUCUGCGAGCGGCUGUGCGCCCCGUGCUGCUUCUGGCGGCGUCGCUCCAAGAACGAGACGAACCUCUCGGUGGCCGGGAAUUCGAUUGCCUUGGCCAACUCCGCCAUGUCCAGCCACACGAUCCUGGAGAGCCCGAGGCUUUGAGCCAGCCGGUUGGGUCUCAGCCGGAGUCUGAGCCGGAGGAGCCGGAAGCGCAGGGCGGAGAUGGAGACGGAGUCGCUGUAGGUGCUUCGUCCUACCGGCUUCGUCCUUUCAGCAAUUUGUGAUGAUGAAAUGCAAUGUAACUGCAUUCGGAAACGGAAACUGUGGUUGUCAACGAUUCUGCCCCACGUUCUGAAUGUGUGUGUGUGGACAUGGUUGUGGUUUGGAGCAGGGGGCAGGGGGCGGAGCUUAAGAGGGUGGCCCAAUUAGACACUUAAAAAAAAACAUACUCCUUGUUACUCUUUUAGUGGUUUUUUAAUCUGUGUAUCGGUGUGUCUGUUGCUUAGAAAUAAUGUCCAGAAAGUGAAUAAUUCACGACAACUUAACUAGGGUUUACAAACAAUCUACCAUUUUUAAGAGCAGUGUCGGUUUCUAUAAAAUAA